GCAAUCUGCAGUCACCAACUUGAGCUCCGUCCGAUCUUGCACCGACAAAACGACUCACACACAUCACGGCACAAUCAUGGCUCCCACCUCAGCACCCGCGCUCCUAUGGGGCGGCCGCUUCACUGGCGCAAUCGACGACUUGAUGUUCCAGUUCAACGAGUCGCUGUCGUUCGACAAGGUGCUCUACAAGGCCGACAUCCAGGGCUCCAUCACCUGGGCCAAGGCCCUGCGUAAGCUCGACAUCCUGUCGGACGAAGAGCUGCAUCAGAUCGUCACGGGCCUGCAGCAGGUCGAGAAAGAAUGGGAGGAGGGCAAGUUCGUCAUUAACACCAAGUCGGACGAGGACAUUCACACGGCCAACGAGCGCAGGCUCGGCGAGCUGAUCGGCCCCGCUGCCGGCAAGCUGCACACGGGCCGCUCGCGCAACGAGCAGGUCGGCGUGGACAUGCGUCUGUGGGCGGGGGAGCAGCUGGCCGACAUCGCCGAGGCGCUCAAGGGCCUGCUCUCGGUCAGCGCCGCGCGCGCCAAGGAGGCCCUCCCUAUCCUCAUGCCGGGCUACACCCACCUGCAGCGUGCCCAGCCGGUCCGCUUCUCCCACUGGCUGCUGUCGCACGCCACCUUCCUCAAGGGCGACCUGCAGCGCCUCGAGGGCGUCCGGGAGCGGGUCUCCUCGUGCCCUCUUGGCGUUGGCGCCCUUGCCGGCAACCCGUUCGGCAUCGACCGCGAGUUCAUGGCCAAGGACCUCGGCUUCCGCUCCGUGCACCCCAACAGCCUGUGCGCCGUGGCCGACCGCGACUUCGUCGUCGAGAUCCUGCAGUGGGCUAGCCUGCUCAUGGCCCAUCUCAGCCGUCUGGCCGAGGAUCUGAUCCUCUUCUCGACGGCCGAGUACGGCUUCGUCCAGGUCGCCGACGCUUACAGCACGGGCAGCAGCCUGAUGCCCCAGAAGAAGAACCCCGACAGCCUGGAGCUGAUCCGGGGCAAGGCCGGCAGGGUGAUGGGACAGGCCUCUGGCUUCCUGGCCUCGCUCAAGAGCCUGCCCACCUCGUACAACAAGGACCUGCAAGAGUCGGUCGAGCCCAUGAUCGACUGCAUCAAGACCGUGUCCAACUGCGUGCGCAUCACCCAGGGCGUGCUCGCCACGCUCACCAUCAACGGCGACAAGAUGAAGGCGGCCCUGACGGACGACAUGCUGGCCACCGAUGUGGCCGACUACCUGGUCCGCAAGGGCGUGCCCUUCCGCCAGACGCACCACAUUGCCGGCGCCAUCGUGCGCAAGGCCGAGCAGGCGGGUGUGUCCAUCUCGGCUCUGCCGCUCAAGGACCUCAGGGAGAUCUCGCCGCUGUUCGAAGAGGACGUGGCGCAGGUGUUUGACUUUGAGAGGAGCGUCGAGCAGAGGUCGACGUACGGCGGCACCAGCAGCAGCUCGGUGCUGGCGCAGAUCGCGGCGAUCGAGGAGUUUGUUGCCAAGAAUUAGACUACUUUAUCGUUCUUCAAACCAGACGGCUUCACAGGGAAAUCGAAAAAAAAAAAAAAAACAUUUAUGGCGCGGACAGGCUUUGGAUGUGAGCGCAGGCCCGUAUGCUGGGACUCCCUGACGGGUAAAAGGGGGAUGAUUGACCGCCCAAAAAAAAAAAAAAAAGGAAUGAGAAAGGACUCCGAUAAUAGUAGAAUAUGGACGGCCCAAGAUUGCGGCAGUCCUGACGACAUAUGUGCCCUGCAGUCUGCGACGCGAAAUUCUGUGGGACGCCGAA